UAUAUUUAAAUAAACAAACCAAGUUAAAUAAUUGUUCUAUUCUGAAGGGAAAUUUUUUGAAAGUUCUCAUGGGAUUGUUUAUAGCACACUUUGUGCAAGGGUUAGCCCUCAUAUUUCUUGGCCUAUGGCACAUAAUCAACACAAUCAAAUCUUACCUUGUGAAAGGUCCUUCAAAUUUCACUGUAAGAUUUUGGUUCCAAAUUAACACCUUUCAAUUCAAAUUCAAACACUUGGAACUUGUUUUAAUUUUAAUCUUUUCUGUACUAGCAUUUCUCAGGCAAAUCAUAGAUUUCCCUUAUUUUCACUAUGCUUUUAAGCUUGAUAACUUUGAACAUGCAACCAUGUUCAUACACCUUGCUUUGUUUGCUGGCUUUUCGCUCGCUGCCGAGUUAACCGAUUCGCUCGAACUCUUUUCUGGAUUUGUCGGGAUUCUAGUGUCCUCGGUUUUCAGUCAAGAGCUUUUCUUACUCCAUUUUCACUCCACUGAUCAUGUUGGACUCGAAGGUCAUUAUCACUGGCUGUUACAGCUUAUAGUUUUUGUUUCGCUUGUUGCAGCUCUGGCCGCAACUGUUUUUCCCAACAGUUUCAACGCUGCAAUUGUACUUUCGAUUUCGGUUAUUUUUCAAGGAUGUUGGUUCAUAAACAUGGGAUUUAUGCUUUGGAUUCCUGCAUUUGUUCCUGAAGGAUGUGUGAUGAAUAUGGCUAGUAAGAGUGGUAGUGAAAUGCACGGAGCCGUUAUCUGUGGAACGAAAGAGGCCGAUUUUCGAGCUCGAGGAUUAGCCAAUUUGCAGUUCAGUUGGAUACUUUCUGCUAUUAUGAUAUUUGCAGGAGUUGUAUGCUUGAAAUUGGCUAGAAAAUUUACCAUUGUAAACCGGUUGGAAUAUGAGAGAAUUCAAAGUAAAGGUGUAGAUUCUACCGUGGUUAACGAAGGUUUCAAGCCGGGAAAGUAAAUUCUCGGGCGCAGUGUGUCUGAAUGAUAUAAACCCGGAGUAUCGAGUUCGAUUCCUACUCAUAAAAAAAACUGUCCAGGUGUUUGGACUUUUUAAGGUCUUGAAGCUAUGCAAGAGACUCAUUAUGUAAAACUUAAUAAGAUGUACUAUAAAGUGUUUUAUGUUAGUUCGUGUUUAUAUA